AUGAGUGAAAACAAGCCGCCGGCGGCACCGAUGUCGUCCGUCGCGGCCCCUGCUAAGGAACCCAACGCCAUGGGCCCCAAGGCAGUGGAACUCGUCCUGGUCAAGGAGCAAAACGGGGUGCAGCUCACGAACUCCACCCUCGCCAACCCCACGCAGACGCCCCUGGGGACCCAGGAGCGGGAGACCUGGAGCAAGAAAAUCGACUUCCUCCUGUCUGUGAUCGGCUUCGCGGUGGACCUGGCCAACGUCUGGCGGUUUCCCUACCUGUGCUACAAAAACGGCGGCGGUGCCUUCCUGGUCCCCUAUCUGCUCUUCAUGGUCAUCGCCGGAAUGCCCCUUUUCUACAUGGAGCUGGCACUGGGGCAGUUCAACAGGGAGGGGGCUGCCGGCGUCUGGAAGAUCUGCCCCGUCCUGAAAGGCGUGGGCUUCACGGUCAUCCUCAUCUCGCUGUACGUCGGCUUCUUUUACAACGUCAUCAUCGCCUGGGCGCUGCACUACUUCUUCUCGUCCUUCUCCGUGGACCUGCCGUGGGUCCACUGUAACAACACGUGGAACAGCCCCAGCUGCUCGGACGCCCGCGCCGGCAACUCCAGCUCCGGCCCCAACGACACCUUCAGGACCACGCCCGCCACCGAGUAUUUCGAGCGCGGCGUGCUGCACCUCCACGAGAGCCGUGGCAUCGAUGACCUGGGCCCCCCCCGGUGGCAGCUCACGUCCUGCCUGGUGCUGGUCAUCAUCCUGCUCUACUUCAGCUUGUGGAAGGGAGUGAAGACUUCUGGGAAGGUUGUGUGGGUCACGGCCACCAUGCCGUACGUGGUCCUCUUCGCCCUGCUUCUGCGAGGAAUCACUCUCCCUGGGGCCAUCGAUGGCAUCAGAGCGUACCUGAGCGUAGACUUCCGUCGGCUCUGCGAGUCUGCUGUGUGGAUAGACGCCGCCACCCAGGUGUGCUUCUCGCUGGGCGUUGGGUUCGGGGUGCUCAUCGCCUUCUCCAGCUACAAUAAAUUCACCAACAACUGCUACCGAGACGCGGUCAUCACCACAUCUGUCAACUCCCUGACAAGCUUCUCCUCCGGCUUCGUGGUCUUCUCCUUCCUGGGGUACAUGGCCCAGAAGCACAGCGUGCCCAUCGGGGACGUGGCCAAGGACGGGCCCGGGCUGAUCUUCAUCAUCUACCCAGAGGCGCUGGCCACGCUCCCGCUGUCCUCGGCCUGGGCCGUCAUUUUCUUCAUCAUGCUGCUCACCCUGGGGAUCGACAGCGCCAUGGGCGGGAUGGAGUCGGUGAUCACCGGGCUGGUGGACGAGUUCCAGCUGCUGCACCGGCACCGGGAGCUCUUCACCCUCUUCGUCGUCCUGGCCACCUUCCUCCUCUCGCUCUUCUGCGUCACCAACGGCGGCAUCUACGUCUUCACGCUGCUGGACCACUUUGCGGCCGGCACAUCCAUCCUCUUCGGCGUGCUCGUCGAGGCCAUCGGGGUAGCCUGGUUCUACGGCGUGAGGCAGUUCAGCGAGGACAUCAAGCAGAUGACCGGGCAGCGGCCCAGCCUGUACUGGAGGCUGUGCUGGAAGUUUGUCAGCCCCUGCUUCCUCCUGUUUGUGGUCGUAGUGAGCAUCGUGACCUUCAGGCCCCCGCACUACGGAGCCUACGUCUUCCCCGAGUGGGCCAACGCGCUGGGCUGGGCCAUCGCCACGUCCUCCAUGUCCAUGGUGCCCAUCUACGCCGCCUACAAGUUCUGCAGCCUGCCCGGCUCCCUGCGGGAGAAACUGGCCUACGCCAUCACCCCGGAGCAGGAGCGGGAGCUGGUGGACAGCGGGGAGGUGCGUCAGUUCAGGCUUCGCCACUGGCUCCUGGUGUAG